CACUUUUUGCUGGCGCCAACAAUUUGCAUAAUUAAAGCGUCGUUCAGAUAGUGAAAAGCAGAUAACGCGAGCUACAGAGCAGCAUGCUGUAAGUGGCCAGCAGAAAUAGACUUUAACAAUGCAGGAGACAAACAUGGCCCAGAGACAGCUGGACGAGAGCGUCUCGCUGAAUGAGACGCUGCUCAAGGACUUGGAGAUCACGCGUGACGACAUUCAGGACUUUGUAAAGCUGCUCUUCGACUUCCAGAAGAAGAAUCAAACGCAACAGGACGAAUGCCAAGGCUACUGUCAAGGCGAAAUCUACAGCUGGCUGCGUGCGUACAAUGGCAUCCACGGCUACGUCUCGCUAUUGAUUUGCAUAUUCGGGACAAUAGCCAACAUACUAAACAUAAUGGUGUUGACCAGAAAGGAAAUGGCCAAGGCGCCCAUUAACAACAUAUUGAAAUGGCUGGCAGUUGCUGAUAUGUUUGUGAUGCUCGAGUACAUACCCUAUACGACAUAUCAAUACAUCUAUAUGAAGCCAGGCGAGAAGGACUUGAGUUACGCAUGGGCUGUUUACCUGCUGAUCCACAUGCACUUCACGCAGAUUCUGCACACGAUUUCUAUUGGUUUGACCGUUACCUUGGCUGUUUGGCGCUACGUGGCAAUCAGCAAACUAUUUCCAUCUCUAAUCCACAGACAUCCGAAUGGGAGCUGCGCCAAUUUUCUGCUGGCACAUUCCAGGGAGGCGAUACUCUUCCCCUUCAUCAUCUCGCCCAUUCUCUGUUUGCCUACGUACUUUGUGUUCAAGGUGCGCAAGACACACGAGAUGGACACCAUAGAGCACGAGCCCAUGUAUCAUGUGUACUUCGACACGGACUCUAUGCUGUUUAGAUUCAACUUUUGGAUACAUUCCGUGAUCAUUAAGCUGCUUCCCUGCUUCAUUCUAACCGCCAUCAGUCUCGUUCUGAUGCACGUUCUGUGCGAGGCUUCGCGAAGGCGUCUCAAGCUGAAGGACUACGACAAUCCCACCAAAUACGCCAUUCAGCUGAAUCUCAAUGAAUCAAAGUCUAGGCGACCUCCGCGCUGUGAUCGUCGCAAUGAUCGAACCACUCUGCUCUUGGUGGCUGUGCUGAUACUCUUCCUGGUCACGGAGUUUCCGCAGGGUCUGCUGGGCCUGUUGUCGGGCGUGCUGGAGAAGUGUUUCUUCGCCCAUUGCUAUCCGCCCUUCGGUGAGCUGAUGGAUCUGCUGGCACUCAUCAAUGCGGCUGUGGGCUUCGUGCUCUACGGACUCAUGUCCAAACAGUUUCGCACCACGUUCCGGUCUCUGUUCUUCAAGCGUCACUUCGGCAGCAGCGAGAUGACGCGCCUCACUCGAGUGACCACCACCUGUGUCUAGAAGCGACUGAAUAGACGCUGGUCGAGAAGUAGCUAGAGAGAGAUG